AUGGCGAGUGCCAAAGACCUUGAGCUGUCGGAGUCUCUCAAAACCCACAGUGUCUUCUUGGAUGAACCAGAGGGGGCCAACUUCAAGUCCAAGAGUUUGCCCAUCCUCACAGAGAAAGGGCCUCGCAAGGACUGCCAGCUGUACAAGAAGGCGCAGCGGUUUGACAGAGCCCAAAAGAGAAACCUCCAGGCUGAGAGAGCACACGCAAGCAAGAGGAGCCAACUGCUGGAGCGAGGAGACGGCACCAAGAACGCACUGAAUGAUCCAACCCCGUGCCGACCGACUAACAGAGCAGCCUGCGAGCCGACCUACGAGGAAAGGCUGCUGAGCGAGGGAGCGCAGUGCGAGGAGAGCGCGAUGAGUAAUGGAGUGGCUUGCAAACAAAGCCUGUUAAAUAAAGCAGCGCCCUACAUGGAAACCUCCCUGAGCACGAGAGCGCCGUACGUGGAAAGCCUACUCCCUGAUCGCUCACUCCAUGAAGAAAGCCUAUUGAGUCCCAGAGCGCACCACCAGGAGAGCCUGCUGACCGGGUCGGCAGCUCUCCAUCGCGAAGAAUGUGCCAAGUUCCUCCAGAUUCCUCCCGAAAGCAGCGAGUGCCAGGGGAAGUCCGCUUUGAACCGCUCCAACUCACGCACACUAACUCCAAGAGCAGGCGCCACGACCGGGCCGCCUCUGCGCUCCACUCUGGCCAAGCUCCGCACGCCCAGCCGCAGGUUCUCAGCCAUUCUACAGGACUCGCGCUGCUUCCUCUUCUGCAUGUGCUACCUGACAUUCAUCCAGUCGCUCAUGGUGUCGGGCUACCUGAGCUCUGUCAUCACCACCAUCGAGAAGCGCUACAGCCUGCGCAGCUCUGAGUCGGGUCUGCUCGUCAGCUGCUUUGACAUCGGCAGCCUCCUGGUGGUCGUCUUCAUCAGUUACUUCGGCGGGCGAGGUCAGAGGCCUCGCUGGCUGGCCGUGGGCGGGGUCUUCAUCGCGGUGGGCGCAGGGCUCUUCUCGCUGCCCCACUUCAUCUCCCCGCCGUACCAGAUCCAGGAGGUAAACUCGUCGCUGGCUAACGAGGGCCUGUGCAUGAGCGCUAACAGCUCGGCGCGGGACGGCGUGGAUGUGUCAGCCUGUCCGCGGGACCAGCAAGGGAACGAGCACGACCUGUACGUGGCGCUCUUCAUCGUGGCACAGGUGCUGGUGGGCAUGGGCUCCACCCCCAUCUACACGCUGGGACCCACCUACCUGGACGACAACGUGAAGAAGGAGAACGCCUCGCUCUAUCUGGCCCUCAUGUACGUGAUGGGGGCCCUGGGGCCUGCCGUGGGGUACCUUCUGGGGGGAGUUCUCAUCGGGUUCUAUGUGGAGCCUCACACAGACGUGCACAUCGACCAGAGCGACCCACGCUUCAUCGGGAACUGGUGGAGUGGCUUCCUGCUCUGCGCUGUGGCCAUGCUGCUGGUCAUCUUCCCCAUGUUCGCAUUCCCCAAGAAGCUCCCGCCACGACACAAGAAGAAGAGGAGGAAAAAGCUCAACCGGGAAGACUCCAGCGAUGACGACAUGCUCCGAGAGAAGAGCCAGAACGUGUCCUCCUCCAUGGGCUUCGGCAAGGACAUGAGAGACCUUCCCCGAGCGGCCAUGAAGAUCCUGAGUAACGUGACCUUCCUCUUCGUGAGCCUGUCGUACACGGCUGAGUGCGCCAUCGUCACCGCCUUCAUCACCUUCAUCCCCAAGUUCAUCGAGUCACAGUUUGGCAUCCCGGCCUCCAGUGCCAGUAUCUACACAGGCGUCAUCAUCGUCCCCAGUGCUGGUGUGGGCAUUGUGCUUGGAGGGUACAUCAUAAAGAAGCUGAAGCUGGGGGCGCGGGAGUCUGCAAAGCUGGCCAUGAUCUGUAGUGGCGUGUCCCUGCUCUGCUUCUCCACACUCUUCAUCGUGGGCUGUGACAGCAUCAACCUGGGGGGCAUCAACAUCCCCUACACCACCGGACCCACACUGACCAUGACCCAGAGGAACCUGACGGGGGGCUGUAACGUGAACUGUGGCUGCAAGAUCCACGAGUACGCCCCUGUGUGCGGCUCUGACGGCAUCACAUACUUUAACCCCUGCCUGGCCGGCUGCAGCAGCGUGGCCAACGACUCCACCGGGGUGCGUAACUACUCGGACUGCGCGUGCGUCCAGUCCCGGCAGGUCAUCACGCCGUCCUCGGGCGGUCAGGGUGGUCCUCAGCUGCAGCUCGUCAUUGUGAAGACGUACCUGAACGAGAACGGCUACGCGCUGUCGGGGAAGUGCGAGCGCGCCUGCAGCACGCUCAUCCCCUUCCUCAUCUUCCUCUUCAUCGUCACGCUGAUCACGGCCUGCGCCCAGCCCUCCGCCAUCAUUGUCACGCUCAGGUCUGUGGCGGAGCAGGAGCGGCCCUUCGCUUUGGGAAUGCAGUUUGUUCUGCUUCGUACUCUGGCCUACAUCCCCACGCCCAUAUACUUCGGUGCAGUGAUAGACACCACGUGCAUGCUGUGGCAGCAGGACUGCGGCGUCCACGGCUCCUGCUGGGAAUAUGACGUCACCUCUCUGCGCUUCGUCUACUUCGGCUUGGCCGCCAGCCUCAAGUUCUUGGGCUUCCUCUUCAUCUUCCUCACCUGGUACUCCAUCAAGUCUCGGGAGAAGAAGGUGGAGGUGUGGCUGAAGCGCCACCUGUCUCCAACCGACACGGUGGGCAGCCUGGUGUGCCACCCGGGGGGGCACAAGGGUCACGCCCGCACCCGGUCCUGCCCCGUCAACAUCCCCCGCCACGAGCCCACCUCCCUGAACCGCGGAGUCAGCACGCACUCCUGUCCUGGCAACGAGCUGCAGGCCACUACAGAAGACACGCCCACUACCAAGGACACGCCCACUGCCCAGGACACGCCCACUACAGAGGACACGCCCUAUGCCACAGGCGCGGACACACUCACCUCUAGCUCUGAGCCUCGCCUCUCUGCCAUGGUCUGA